CGGCACAACAAGCUUGAUGCCAAGGCAACAUGGGCCGUGCACCUGGGCAUGGCUCAAAACAGCAAGGGAUGGCUUCUAUGGGACCCAUUUACCAAGAAGUUCCUGGUGAGCAGAGAUUGCAAGUUCAUGGAGAACUUACCGUACAAGGAGUGGAAGGUGGAGAACCAAGCGAAGAUUGGUGUGCGGCUUGGAGAGGUGAAGAGGACGGCUUGGAGCAUGUGGAGCUGCCCUUGGAGCUGAGUAGCAGCAGCAAAAUCACGAGGCAAUCUCCCAAAAUGAAUGGGGAUGAGGAGGAGGAGGAGGUGCAGCAAGGUAAUGAGCGUGCACCGCCACUUCCGCCUCGUGCUACAAGUGCUCGCGGGAACCAACCGGACUUACCGCAAAGCCAUGAGAGCAUUCAAGUCCCUGCAGCAGAGGAGGAAGGAAGGGGGAGAAGGAGAACUCAGCCCCCCAAUAGGUUGAGCUAUGAACGGCUUGGAGGACCAGCCAACUCAACCUUGACCGGUGAAGUGGCAUUGGGUGAGGAGCAUGGUAACCUCGGGUGAAGUGGAGUUGCACUAUGUGAAGACGACGGCGCAGCCAGCUGAUAUGAUGACCAAGAGGCUGGUUGAGCAGCAGCAUUGGAAGUGUUGCAAGCUUGCUGGGAUGGCUCUGAACUAAGGGGAGCAGAUUCUA